ACAACUAUAUGCAGGAUGGCAGAAGAAGUUCAACAGCCUGAAGACAUGGCCACUGAAGAGGCUCCAGCAGCAGCUGAAGAGAUAUUAGAGCCACAAACUGAAGAAUCAGAAGAGCCUCAAACUGAAUUAUUAGAGGAGCCUUCUGAGGAGCCUUCAGAGGAGCCUCAAACUGAGGAAUCAGAAACACCUCAAAUUGAAGAAUCAGAAACACCUCAAACUGAAGAAUCAGAUAAGCCUCAAAUUGAAGAAUCAGAAAAGUGCCAAAAUGGCAAUGAAGAAACCAGUCCCCCUGCUGAUGAUGAAUCAGAAAACAUGAAGAUCAUAGUCCGCCAUCUUAACUAUAAAACCGCUGAGGAUACAGUGAAGGACCAUUUUGCGAAGUAUGGGUCAGUUAAAAGUGUUGAAAUUAAGAAAGACCCUGAUGGGUCUUCUCGUGGCUUUGGAUUUGUUGUGUUUGAAACAAAAGAGGGUGUCGAUAAUGCAGUGAGGGAAGAAAGACAGGAAAUAGACGGUCACGAAACUCUUGUUAGCCUUCCCAUUCCUCUGUCAGACAAACUGAAAACAAAUAUGAUGUUCAUAGGUGGUGUCAGCAAAGAUCUCCCAGAAGAUGAACUCAGAGACUACUUCAAAGAAUUUGGCACUAUCAAAGAGUUGACUUUUACCCAUCACCGGGAUUCUGGCGAGAGAAGAAAUUAUUGCUUCUUGCACUUUGAAGAAGCUGAAGCUGUUGAAAAAGUUAUGAAAGGAACAAAACCACCAUAUCCCGCAUCUCAUACAAUUGGAAAGUUUUCAGUGGACUGCAGGAGGAAGUUCCCUGAAGACCAUCCAGAAACUAAGAAACUGAGAAAAAGGCAGGAAGCUAAAAGAUUUGGGGGUGGUUGGGGUAACAACCAAGGUGGUGGUGGUGGUGGUGGUGGUGGAUAUGGUAACCAAGGUGGGUAUGGUGGAGGUUAUGGUGGUGGGUAUGGAGGUGGUUACGGGGGUGGCUAUGGUGGAGGUUAUGGUGGAUACGGUGGUGGUUACAGCUCAGGUGGCCCAGUGAGGAGUCGAGGACGUGGGCGAGGAGGUUACCGACCUUACUAAGAUUUCUCAGCUAUACAUCUUUUUUGCGCUAUAAUUCUUGCCCACUCUGUGAGAGUGACGGCUCUGGAGUCUGAUGAAGCAGUGAUGAUCAGAACUUCUUUUAUAAGGUGAUGACCAGAUCAAUCCUCCGUUGUGUUGGGUUCCAAGUUAAUUUUACAAUUCUUACAAGCAACGAAGGCAUUUAAGUCAUUGCUGAGGCCAUGAAGUAUUUAUGUUAUUUAUCCACCGAGUUAUGUAUACCAUAUUAAUGAUAAUUGAAUACCAGUCCAAGUUUUCUCUAUGGAGGCAUUUAUUACAUUCGAAGAAACGGAUCUUCUGCAUAACACCCGUACCACAUUUUCAAUGUAUAUUUUAAUUAACAAUUCCAGUUUUA